UCUAGCGUUUUUUUGCGCGCUUCCCUGCACGUGCACGAGAUUCGGAUCGUCGUCGUUACAAAAGAUCGAAAUAAACCGAGCUGCGAACCGCGAGCCAUCGCGAUGAUCAUUCCUGUGCGGUGCUUCACUUGCGGAAAGGUGAUUGGCAACAAGUGGGAGGCGUAUCUCGGACUUCUUCAAGCGGAGUACACCGAAGGAGACGCCUUGGACGCCCUAGGUCUGAAGCGAUACUGCUGUCGCAGGAUGCUACUUGGACAUGUGGAUUUGAUCGAGAAGUUGCUUAACUACGCGCCGCUAGAGAAAUAAUUUUUAGCUCUUAUGCCGUCGCUAAUUGGAUCUUAUAUCGACCGUUUGCAAAAUACCUGGUGUACAUAAUUCUAUAUUGUAUAUUGAAAAUGAGCAAAGAACGUCUAUUCUGCUCUAUUCUGUAGUCUUAAUAUUUUAUUUUCUAAUGAUAUAUUUGUGUGAUAAGUACGUUCUCUCUAUAAGUUCGUAAAAGAAGACUAAUUAAAAGAUUGUUUUAUUUAUAGAA